AUGUCGAACCAAUAUAUCCUCAGAAUCACCCGCGAGCUGGGCGAGAUUCAAAAGGGUUCCGACCUCUCCCUUGCAGUAGCAUGCCGGGACAUCGACGUCAGGCAUGUGCGGGCGCUGAUUAUCGGCCCCCCGGACACGCCGUAUGAGUUUGGGUUCUUCGAAUUUGCUGUCAAGUUCACACGCGAAUAUCCGACCAAGGCACCGACUGUCACCGCCAUUACUACAAAUGGAGGGCGCACGCGCUUUAAUCCCAACAUCUAUGCUGGAGGCAAGGUGUGCUUGUCGAUAUUGGGAACAUGGCGGGGCGAACGCGGUGAAGAGUGGUCGUCUGCGCAAGGCCUCGAAUCGAUCCUCAUCUCCAUCCAGAGCUUGAUGUCCACAAACCCCUACGAGAAUGAACCAGGCUUCGAGGACGCACACUCAGACUAUGAUAAGAAGAACCAAGAGUCAUAUGUCGCGAAGAUCCGACACGAGUCGUUGCGCAUCUCCGUCAUCGAGCGCUUAGAGGAGUACUUGGGCAUCCACCAGACCCGCCCCGGUGUCACUGUAUACAAUGCCGAAGAGGACUAUCAAGCGGGCCGCGAGGAUGUGCCGUUCGAGCCUUUCAAGGACCUUUGCAAGCGGCGGUUCCUAUGGUAUUACCCGUCCUAUCUAGCCCGUGUCGACGAGGCGGCCAAGACACACAAGGACGGUGAUAGAUUCGAGAAGAUGCCAUUUGAGGGCCCUGGAAACACCAUGGAAGGUACCUAUGACUACACGGGUCUGCGGAAGCGUCUCGUGACCAUAUUCGAAAGAUUGAACAAGGAAAUGGAAGGCUGGGCCAUGGAGGGCAUGGCUGCUGUGCGCAAGGAGAUGAGCAUUGCCAGCAAUCUCCAGCGUCAGUAUGAGCAAAUAUUGGAGAAUUAUAAAAAGAACGACGCCGUCACGCUAGACCUGGACCUCGUGGACAAGAACCCGUUUGUCUGGCAAUUGAUACUCUUUGGUAGACCGAUGACGAACCUCGAUGGUGGCAUCUUCAAGAUUAUGCUCUACAUUAGUCCGAGGUUUCCAGAUGUUCUACCGCGCGUCAAGUUCGAGACGCCCAUCUUCCACCACCGCGUAUCUCCUGACGGCAUAUUGUGCUACGACGCUGCACGCAAAGACGACAUGCGAUCACACAUCGAGGCCAUUAUUGCUGCAAUCGAAGAGGAAUCGCCAGCCUACGAUCCCCGCACACUUGUUAACCCAGAAGCCGCGAAAUUGUACUGGGGCACCCCAGAAGAGAAGAAGAUAUACAACCGACGCUUGAGGCGGUCUGUUCAGGAUAGCGCCGAGAAUAGUUUCUAG